AUGAGCCACAAUCAGCUAACUGGGAGCAUCCUGCCUGAGGUUGGACGCGCUGUUUCACUGCCGCAGUUGAGAUUGGAUGGCAAUUUGCUGACUGGAGCCAUUCCAAUAGAGAUAGGGAACUGCUCAUCUCUGACCUCAUUGGUCUUGUCGCGGAAUAAUCUCACCGGUCCUGUGCCUGGUUCGGUCACGAACCUAUCCAACCUCGAGGUGUUGGACUUGUCAUUCAACAAUUUAUCAGGAAGCCUGCCUAAAGAAUUGACAAACCUUUCGCACCUUGUCUCGUUUAAUGUCUCCUUCAAUGGUCUCGAGGGGGAGCUCCCGGUGGGAGGCUUCUUCAACACCAUCCCCACGUCGUCUGUGAUUGGGAAUCCGUCGUUAUGUGGCUCCAUUGUCAAGCAAUCAUGCCCUGCUGUCCAUCCCAAGCCUCUGGUCCUCAACCCCAACUCAUCUGUCUCGAAUCACGGCCCCCUCCCACCAAAUCUUCGACCCAAGUGGAUCGUGCGCAGCAUAUCUUCCCUUGUGGCCAUUGGUGCAGCUGUCUUCAUAGCUCUUGGUGUGGUUACAGUCUCUAUUCUCAACAUGCAUGCGCGCACAUCCAUGGCACGGUCUGCUGCUGCAUUCACAUUCUCCGGGGGCGAUGAUUUCAGCCCUUCCCACGACACCGAGGCUAACUAUGGGAAGCUUGUGAUGUUCUCUGGAGAAGCUGAUUUUGCUACCGGGGCCCAGUCUCUGCUCAACAAGAACUGUGAGCUCGGGCGCGGUGGUUUUGGGACUGUCUACAAGACCGAGCUCCGAGGGGGGCGCUCCAUCGCCAUCGAGAAGCUUAACACCACGAGUUUGGUGAAAUGCCAAGAAGAUUUCGAGAGGGAGGUUAAGACACUAGGCAAGGUGAGGCACCAGAAUCUGGUGGCACUCGAAGGAUACUACUGGACGCCUUCGUUGCAGCUGCUCAUCAACGAGUACGUCUCUGCAGGAAGCUUGCACAGGCAUCUCCACGACGGAGGGGAUGACAGCAGCAGCCUCACUUGGCAGCAAAGAUUCAACAUAAUCCUCGGCACUGCUAAGGGCCUAGCUCACCUGCACCGGAUGAAUGUCAUUCACUACAACAUGAAGUAAAGCUUGGCUUGAUUUGUGCCUCUCAGGUGCCAUCGAAUCGCACCGACAUGGAAGAGGUCAUAUGGAUUUUGGAACUCAUCCGAUCUUCAUCGGAGAAGGAAGAAAUGGAAUCAUAAUCUACAAGAGAAAGAUUUCAAGUUUAAAAUGUUGGUAUAAGGUGAAGAGGAAUCCAGUUUCUCAUGAAAAUCUUUCAUUAGUGUUGAAAUAUUUUGUCAUUAAAAAUAUCUUUGUUUGUUCCUUACAUUACUGGAUUUCUGUUCACCAGCUCCAACUCAUGUGAUCUCUCUAGUUAUAUUAGUAUACAUGUGAGUGAUCUUCAUCACAAACUCUUAAACAUGCUACCUAUUAUACCUUCUAUUCUCAUUUCUUUUUUGCUUUUUA